AUGUCCGGAGUGCGAUUGAACUAUUUGCAAAAUGAAAUGAAUGAAACUGCCAUAUUAUUAGAACCAACUUUUGUUCGUCAAUUAAAAUUUUAUUUAUUUAUUUCAAUAGAAUGUCCAUCUAUAUCCAUCGCAAUUUAUGUUCUCUAUCGUUUUUUUCGAUCAUAUGAAAUUCGUUCUCGUUUAAAUAAUCAUUCAAUAAUCGCAUUACUCUUUACUUCUUGUAUUGCAAUAACAACUGAAUUACCUAUAACACUUCGAUUUCUUAAAACAGGUAAUGUUCAACCUAAAACGAAAGGUUUUUGUUUAUUUUGGAUUUGGUAUAAUUUUUCUUUACAAUCAAUUAAUCUUUUUUUAAUGGCAUGGUUAUCUAUUGAACGUCAUAUAUUAAUAUUUCAUUCAAAUCUUAUUCAAACAUCAGUUGGAAAAAUUAAAUGGCAUUAUAUUCCAUUGAGUUUUUCAAUGAUUUAUAUUCCAUUAUUUUAUUUUUUCUGUAUUUUUAUUUAUUCAUGUGAAAAUUCAUUUAAUUAUUCGUUACUUUUCUGUGGUUCAAUUUGUUAUAAUGAUCUGUUUUGGUUAGCAAGUUAUGAUUGGAUAAUAAAUAUAUUUAUUCCAGCAAUAAUAAUACCGUUUGCAAGUAUUAUUUUAUUAAUUCGUGUUUUAAUGCAAAAGAAACGUAUGAAACGAACUGUAACUUGGAAAACAACACGUAAAAUGACUAUACAAUUAAUGUCUAUAUCAAGUGUUUAUUCUAUAUUUUGGGUUUUAUAUGGGUUAGCAAUACUUAUUCGUCUAUAUUUUAUUCCAACAUUUUUAGAUAUAAUAAUAUUGUAUUAUUUACAAUAUUUACCUUAUAUUGUUCAACUUCUUAUGCCUAUUAUAUGUUUUGCGUGUUUACCGGAAUUAUGGCCUAGAAAAAUUCGUAUUGCACCAGUAUCUUAA